GAUAUAUAAUAGCGGUUUUGCCUGCCCACCUGAGAGAAAAAGGCAAUGGAGACCGAACAACAGGAAGAGACCUUUACCAACACAGAGACAAAUGGCAAACGUCCUGCAGAAGAUAUGGAGGAAGAGCAGGCCUUCAAAAGAUCUCGGAACACGGACGAGAUGGUCGAACUGCGCAUCCUGCUUCAGAGCAAAAAUGCUGGAGCAGUGAUUGGGAAAGGUGGCAAAAAUAUUAAGGCACUUCGUACAGACUACAAUGCCAGUGUUUCAGUCCCAGACAGCAGUGGCCCCGAGCGCAUCUUGAGCAUAAGCGCAGAUAUAGAGACAAUUGGAGAAAUCUUGAAGAAGAUUAUCCCUACUUUGGAAGAGUACCAACACUACAAAGGCAGCGACUUCGAUUGCGAAUUAAGGCUUCUCAUUCACCAGAGCUUAGCAGGAGGAAUUAUUGGUGUCAAGGGUGCUAAAAUCAAAGAACUCCGAGAGAACACUCAGACCACCAUUAAGCUCUUCCAAGAGUGUUGUCCUCAUUCUACUGACAGAGUGGUGCUUAUUGGUGGAAAACCUGAUAGAGUCGUUGAAUGUAUCAAGAUUAUCUUGGAUCUUAUCUCUGAGUCUCCAAUUAAAGGUCGGGCCCAGCCUUAUGAUCCCAACUUCUAUGAUGAAACAUAUGACUACGGUGGCUUCACAACAAUGUUUGAUGAUAGAAGGGGACGUCCAGUAGGCUUUCCGAUGCGUGGAAGAGGAGGUUUUGAUCGAAUGCCUCCUGGGCGUGGUGGAAGACCUAUGCCUCCAUCAAGAAGAGAUUAUGAUGAUAUGAGUCCUCGCAGAGGACCUCCACCACCUCCACCAGGUCGUGGUGGUAGAGGUGGCAGCAGAGCUCGUAAUCUUCCUCUUCCUCCUCCACCACCUCCUCGUGGCGGAGAUCUCAUGUCCUAUGACCGAAGGGGCAGACCGGGAGACCGCUACGAUGGCAUGAUGAUGCAGUGUCACGUGGAUGCCUGUGACGACAUGCAGCCACCAGAGCUGUUUGAGGGUGGCUCUGGAUAUGAUUAUUCUUACGCAGGGGGACGUGGCUCAUACGGAGAUCUUGGUGGACCCAUCAUCACAACACAAGUAACGAUUCCCAAAGAUUUGGCAGGAUCUAUUAUUGGGAAAGGAGGCCAGAGAAUCAAACAAAUACGUCAUGAGUCAGGAGCUUCGAUCAAAAUUGAUGAACCAUUGGAAGGUUCAGAAGAUCGGAUAAUAACUAUUACGGGAACACAGGACCAGAUACAAAAUGCACAGUAUUUACUGCAGAACAGUGUGAAGCAGUAUGCAGAUGUUGAAGGAUUCUAAUGCAAGAUUAUUUUUUCUUUUUUAUAGUGUGAAGCAGUAUUCUGGAAAGUUUUUCUAAGACUAGUGAAGAACUGAAGGAGUCCUGCACCCUUUUUUUUUUUAAUCUGCUUCUCUUUAAAAAGCCAACAUUCCUCUGCUUCAUAGGUGUUCUGCAUUUGAGGUGUAGUGGAAUCUUUGCUGUCCACCAGAUGUAAUGUUUUAGUUCUUUACAAGUACAUGGGGGGGAGGGAAAGGGCGCACGAGACUAACAAACAUUGAAACUUUGAAGCAGCAGAGAGAGAGUGAAUUCUAUCUUUGUUCAUUGUUGGUGGUAAACUUUAACAUUUUUCUGUAAUUGUUGUGAAAACCCUGCUUUUAUGUACACUGUAUCUUUUUGAAGGGGUGAGAAAACUCGUUAGUCCACUGGUCCCUGGCCUCCUCUGAGAGCAGCAGAAUGUAACGCUCUUUUUGUAAGAAACAUUUCAUAAUUUUAAAAUAAAUUUAGUGAACCUA